AUGAAUAAACCAAACAGCUAUACUAGUAAUGAAAAAUCACUAUCUAACUCAAUGUUUGUUAAGCCCAUGACAGAAGAAGAGGUUAAAAAAGAAAUCCUAUCUCUUAAUAACACUAACUCGGAAGCAUAUGACGGUAUUAAUACGAAAAUAAUUAAGAAGUCUGUAAAUGAAUUAGUCACUAUUUUGACAUAUUUAAUUAACUUGUCAUUUUCAUGUGGUACUUUUCCAGAAACAUUAAAAUUGUCGAUUGUAAAGCCAUUAUUUAAAAAGGGUAAGAGAAAUGAUAUUACCAAUUAUCGUCCAAUUACAUUAAUACCAAUAUUGUCAAAAAUACUAGAAAAAUGUAUGUACAAAAGAUUACUAGAUUUUUGCAAGAAAUUCAAUUUAAUAAGGAAUGAACAAUAUGGCUUUCAGAAACAAAAAUCUACAACAUUAGCCACAUUUAAGCUCAUUAGUUCAAUUUUAACAAAAAUAAAUAACAAUUUUUUAACGACAGCAUUGUUUCUUGAUUUAUCAAAAGCUUUCGAUCUCGUUGCACACAGCAUACUAUUACGAAAACUGGAAAUGGUCGGUGUCAGAGGACUUCCACUAAAAUGGAUAUCUUCCUAUUUAGCUAACCGUAGACAAUGUGUUGUAAUAAAAAAGAUUGUAGGAUAG